CAAGCAGCAGGGUUUAAUGGCAGAGCUGUUUUCUCUCCAAACUGUUCAAAAUGAUGAACGAAGAUGCAGCUCAGAAAAGCGACAGUGGAGAGAAGUUCAACGGCAGUAGUCAGAGAAGGAAAAAACCCAAAAAGUCUGACAGCAAUGCGAGCUUUCUCCGUGCUGCCAGAGCAGGCAACCUGGACAAAGUAGUGGAAUAUCUGAAGGGGGGCAUAGACAUCAAUACCUGCAAUCAGAAUGGACUCAAUGCUCUCCACCUGGCUGCCAAGGAGGGCCAUGUGGGCCUGGUUCAGGAGCUGCUGGGAAGAGGGUCCUCUGUGGAUUCUGCCACUAAGAAGGGAAACACUGCUCUUCACAUUGCAUCUUUGGCAGGACAAGCAGAAGUUGUCAAAGUUCUUGUUAAGGAAGGAGCCAAUAUUAAUGCCCAGUCUCAGAAUGGCUUCACUCCUUUAUACAUGGCUGCCCAGGAGAACCACAUUGAUGUUGUAAAAUAUCUGCUUGAAAAUGGAGCUAAUCAGAGCACUGCUACUGAGGAUGGCUUCACGCCACUCGCAGUGGCACUCCAGCAAGGACACAACCAGGCAGUGGCCAUCCUCUUAGAGAAUGAUACCAAAGGGAAAGUGAGGCUGCCAGCUCUGCAUAUUGCAGCUAGGAAAGAUGACACCAAAUCCGCUGCACUCCUGCUUCAGAACGAUCACAAUGCUGACGUACAAUCCAAGAUGAUGGUGAAUAGGACAACUGAGAGUGGUUUUACCCCUUUGCACAUUGCCGCCCACUACGGAAAUGUUAACGUGGCAACCCUUCUUCUAAACCGGGGAGCUGCUGUGGACUUUACAGCUAGGAAUGGAAUCACUCCUCUGCAUGUGGCUUCCAAAAGGGGAAACACAAACAUGGUGAAGCUCUUACUGGAUCGUGGUGGUCAGAUCGAUGCCAAAACUAGGGAUGGGUUGACACCCCUUCACUGUGCUGCAAGAAGUGGGCAUGACCAAGUGGUAGAGCUUCUGCUGGAACGGGGUGCUCCCUUGCUGGCAAGGACUAAGAAUGGGCUGUCUCCACUUCAUAUGGCUGCACAGGGGGACCACGUGGAAUGUGUGAAGCACCUGUUACAGCACAAGGCGCCCGUUGAUGAUGUCACCCUAGACUACCUGACAGCCCUCCACGUUGCUGCACACUGUGGCCACUACCGUGUGACCAAACUCCUUCUGGACAAGAGAGCCAAUCCAAACGCCAGAGCCCUGAAUGGUUUUACUCCACUGCACAUUGCCUGCAAGAAAAACCGCAUCAAAGUCAUGGAACUGCUGGUGAAAUAUGGGGCUUCAAUCCAAGCUAUCACAGAGUCUGGCCUCACACCAAUACAUGUGGCUGCCUUCAUGGGCCACUUGAACAUUGUCCUCCUUCUGCUGCAGAACGGAGCCUCUCCAGAUGUCACUAACAUUCGUGGGGAGACUGCAUUGCACAUGGCAGCCCGGGCAGGGCAGGUCGAAGUGGUCCGAUGCCUACUGAGAAAUGGUGCCCUUGUCGACGCCAGAGCCAGGGAGGAACAGACACCUUUGCACAUUGCCUCUCGCCUGGGUAAGACAGAAAUUGUCCAGCUGCUUCUACAACAUAUGGCUCAUCCAGAUGCAGCCACGACAAAUGGGUACACGCCACUGCACAUCUCUGCCAGGGAAGGCCAGGUAGAUGUGGCAUCAGUCCUCUUGGAAGCAGGAGCAGCCCACUCCUUAGCUACCAAGAAGGGUUUUACUCCCCUGCAUGUAGCAGCCAAGUAUGGAAGCCUGGAUGUGGCAAAACUCCUCUUACAACGCCGCGCUGCCGCAGAUUCUGCCGGGAAGAACGGCCUUACCCCCCUCCACGUUGCUGCUCAUUAUGACAACCAGAAGGUAGCACUGCUGUUACUGGAGAAGGGCGCUUCCCCUCAUGCCACGGCCAAGAAUGGCUAUACUCCUUUACAUAUUGCUGCCAAGAAGAAUCAAAUGCAGAUAGCUUCCACGCUCCUGAACUAUGGAGCAGAGACUAACAUUGUAACAAAACAAGGAGUAACCCCACUCCACCUGGCCUCACAGGAGGGGCACACGGAUAUGGUCACCUUGCUUCUGGAUAAGGGAGCCAAUAUCCACAUGUCAACCAAGAGUGGACUCACGUCUUUACACCUUGCAGCCCAAGAAGAUAAAGUGAAUGUUGCUGACAUUCUUACUAAGCACGGGGCUGACCAGGAUGCUCACACGAAGCUUGGUUACACCCCUUUAAUUGUGGCCUGUCACUAUGGAAAUGUGAAAAUGGUCAACUUUCUUCUGAAGCAGGGUGCAAACGUCAACGCAAAAACCAAGAACGGCUACACGCCUUUGCACCAGGCCGCCCAGCAGGGCCACACGCACAUCAUCAACGUCCUGCUGCAGCACGGGGCCAAGCCCAACGCCACCACCGCGAAUGGCAACACCGCCUUGGCGAUUGCUAAACGUCUGGGCUACAUCUCCGUGGUCGACACCCUGAAGGUUGUAACAGAGGAGGUCACCACCACCACCACGACUAUCACUGAAAAACACAAGCUAAAUGUUCCUGAGACGAUGACUGAGGUUCUUGAUGUUUCUGAUGAAGAAGGUGAUGACACGAUGACAGGCGAUGGGGGAGAAUAUCUUAGGCCCGAGGAUCUGAAAGAACUGGGUGAUGACUCGCUACCCAGCAGUCAGUUCCUGGAUGGUAUGAAUUACCUGCGAUACAGCUUGGAGGGAGCACGCUCCGACAGCCUCCGAUCCUUCAGUUCCGACAGGUCUCACACCCUGAGCCAUGCCUCUUACCUGAGGGACAGUGCCAUGAUUGAUGACACAGUUGUCAUCCCCAGCCACCAGGUGUCAACUCUAGCCAAGGAGGCAGAAAGGAAUUCUUACCGUCUCAGCUGGGGCACUGAGAACUUAGACAACGUGGCUCUUUCUUCCAGCCCUAUUCAUUCAGGUUUCCUGGUUAGUUUUAUGGUGGAUGCUCGAGGUGGCGCUAUGCGAGGAUGCAGACACAAUGGGCUCCGUAUCAUUAUUCCACCUCGGAAAUGUACGGCCCCAACUCGAGUCACCUGCCGUCUGGUCAAACGCCAUAGACUGGCAACAAUGCCUCCAAUGGUGGAAGGAGAAGGCCUGGCCAGUCGCCUGAUCGAAGUCGGACCUUCUGGUGCUCAGUUCCUUGGUAAACUUCACCUGCCAACGGCCCCUCCCCCACUUAAUGAGGGAGAAAGUUUGGUCAGCCGCAUCCUUCAGCUGGGGCCUCCUGGAACCAAAUUCCUUGGGCCCGUGAUUGUGGAGAUCCCUCAUUUUGCUGCCCUUCGAGGAAAGGAGCGGGAACUGGUGGUCCUGCGCAGUGAGAACGGGGACAGCUGGAAAGAGCAUUACUGUGAAUACACUGAAGACGAGUUGAAUGAAAUCCUUAAUGGCAUGGAUGAAGUGCUGGAUAGCCCGGAAGACCUAGAAAAGAAGCGAAUCUGCCGCAUCAUCACCCGUGACUUCCCACAGUACUUUGCAGUGGUGUCUCGCAUCAAACAGGACAGCAAUCUGAUUGGCCCAGAGGGAGGCGUGCUGAGCAGCACCGUGGUGCCCCAGGUGCAGGCCGUCUUUCCAGAGGGGGCGCUAACCAAGAGGAUCCGUGUGGGCCUACAGGCUCAACCUAUGCACAGUGAGCUGGUUAAGAAGAUUCUAGGCAACAAAGCUACCUUCAGCCCUAUAGUCACUUUGGAACCUAGAAGAAGAAAAUUCCACAAACCAAUUACCAUGACCAUUCCUGUCCCCAAAGCUUCAAGUGAUGUCAUGUUGAAUGGUUUUGGGGGAGAUGCACCAACCUUAAGAUUACUAUGCAGCAUAACAGGUGGAACCACUCCUGCACAAUGGGAAGAUAUUACAGGAACUACGCCAUUAACAUUUGUCAAUGAAUGUGUUUCCUUUACAACCAAUGUGUCUGCCAGGUUCUGGCUGAUAGAUUGUCGACAAAUUCAGGAAUCUGUUACCUUUGCAUCACAAGUGUAUAGAGAAAUUAUCUGUGUACCGUAUAUGGCCAAAUUUGUUGUGUUUGCCAAAUCACACGACCCCAUUGAAGCCAGGUUGAGAUGUUUCUGCAUGACUGAUGAUAAAGUGGAUAAGACCCUAGAACAACAAGAAAACUUUGCUGAGGUGGCCAGAAGCAGGGAUGUAGAGGUACUAGAAGGAAAACCCAUCUAUGUUGAUUGUUUUGGCAACCUGGUGCCAUUAACAAAGAGUGGCCAACAUCAUAUCUUCAGUUUUUUCGCCUUCAAAGAAAACCGACUUCCUCUCUUUGUCAAGGUACGUGACACGACUCAGGAACCUUGCGGGCGACUAUCAUUUAUGAAAGAGCCAAAAUCCACAAGAGGCCUGGUGCAUCAAGCUAUUUGCAACUUAAACAUCACCCUGCCCAUUUAUACAAAGGAAUCAGAGUCAGAUCAAGAACAGGAAGAAGAGAUCGAUAUGACAUCAGAAAAAAAUGAUGAGACAGAAUCUACAGAAACAUCUGUCCUGAAAAGUCACCUGGUUAAUGAAGUUCCUGUCCUAGCCAGUCCGGACUUGCUCUCUGAAGUUUCUGAGAUGAAACAAGAUUUGAUCAAAAUGACCGCCAUCUUGACCACAGAUGUAUCUGAUAGGGCAGGUUCUAUCAAGGUGAAGGAGCUGGUGAAGGCUGCUGAGGAAGAGCCAGGAGAGCCUUUUGAAAUUGUUGAAAGAGUUAAAGAGGACUUAGAGAAAGUGAAUGAAAUCCUGAGAAGUGGAACCUGCGCGAGAGAUGAAGGCAGUGUGCGAAGGUCUCAGUCGGAGAGAGAAUUAGAGGAAGAGGAAUGGGUGAUUGUCAGUGAUGAGGAAAUAGAGGAGGCUAAGCUAAAAGCACCUUUAGAAAUCACCGAAUACCCAUGCGUAGAAGUUAGACUAGAUAAAGAGCGCAACGUCAAAGUAGAGAAAGACUCAACUGGGCUAGUGAACUACCUUACUGAGGAUCUAAAUUCCUAUGUGUCUCCUCAUGAAAGGCCACUGCAGACAGUUCAAGAGAUAGCAGGGGAGAAACGUGAGGCUCUGGCUACUGGCAGGAGCUCUGAAAAUGAAGGGAAAGAUACACCCCCAGAUGAGACACAGAGUGCACAGAAACAGCACAAGCCAAGCCUGGGGAUAAAGAAGCCAGUGAGAAGGAAAUUAAAAGAAAAACAAAAACAAAAAGAGGAAAGUGUACGAGGUAGUGCAGAAAAAAGUGAACUUAAAAAAUGUAGUUCAGAAGAGUCAUUAGAUGAAGAUGCAGGUUUAGCCCCUGAGCCCCUUCCCACUGUAAAGGCCACUUCACCUUUGAUAGAAGAAACUCCCAUUGGUUCUAUAAAGGACAAAGUAAAGGCCCUUCAGAAACGAGUGGAAGAUGAACAAAAAGGUCGAAGCAAGUUGCCAGUCAGAGUCAAAGGCAAAGAAGAUGUGCCAAAAAAGAUAACCCACAGGACACAUCCAGCUGCAUCACCCUCUCUGAAGUCAGAGAGGCAUGUACCGGCAUCACCCUCCUCUAAAACAGAAAGACACUCUUCUCUUUCCUCCUCUACAAAAACUGAGAGGCAUCCUCCGGUAUCACCAUCAAGUAAAGCUGAGAAGCACUCACCUGUGUCCCCCUCUGCAAAAACUGAAAGGCAUUCCCCUGUGUCAUCAAGUAAAACCGAGAGACACUCACCUGUGUCACCCUCGACAAAAACGGAAAGGCACUCCCCUGUGUCAUCUACAAAAACAGAAAGACACCCACCUAUUUCACCUUCAGGUAAAAUGGACAAACGCCCACCUGUAUCGCCCUCUGGGAGAACGGAGAAACAUGCACCAGGAUCACCUGGGAGAACAGAAAAACGCUUGCCUGUGUCACCAGCUGGACGAAUGGAAAAGCAUCCACCUGUAUCAACCUCUGGGAAAACUGAGAAGCACUUGCCUGUGUCGCCUUUUGGGAAAACAGAAAAGCAACCACCUGUAUCCCCCACCUCAAAAACAGAAAGAAUUGAAGAGACAAUGUCUGUCCGGGAGUUGAUGAAAGCUUUCCAGUCAGGUCAGGACCCAUCUAAACAUAAGACUGGACUCUUUGAGCACAAGUCAGCAAAACAAAAGCAGCCACAAGAAAAAGGCAAAGCUCGGGUAGAAAAAGAAAAGGGGCAGAUGCUAAACCACAGAGAAACACAGAAAACCGAGAAUCAGACGAUCAAACGAGGCCAGAGAUUUGUGGUAACAGGAGUUUCCGAAUCCAAGAGAGCAGUCCGUGCUUCCUCUGCAGGGUUUAAGAGAGAAGAUCUAGUUACAGAGAAGGAGAAAGCUCUUAGCCACAAAACGCCUGAACCUGUUCAGUCAGCACCAGAAGAAGAAAGCCAUAAAGAGAGUGAAGUUCCCAAAGAAAAGCUGACUGAUGAACAGGGAGACGUGGAUCUCCAGAUCAGCCCAGAUAGGAAAACCUCCACUGACUUUUCUGAUGUCAUUAAGCAAGAAUUGGAAGACAAUGACAAAUACCAACAAUUCCGCAUGAGUGAGAAGACAGAAGAAGUACAGCUUCACUUAGAUCAAGUACUUACUAGUCCUUUCAACACAACAUUUCCACUAGAUUACAUGAAAGAUGAAUUUCUCCCGGCUUUGUCUUUACAAAGUGGUGCUUUGGAUGGCAGUUCUGAGAGCCUCAAGCCUGAAGGGGUGGCAGGUUCUCCAUGUGGCAGCCUGAUGGAAGGGACCCCUCAGAUUAGUUCCGAAGAAAGCUAUAAGCAUGAGGGCCUCGCAGAGACCCCUGAGACAAGCCCAGAAAGCCUUUCUUUCUCACCGAAGAAAAGUGAGGAGCAAAUUGGGGAAAUAAGCGGAACGACAAAGUCAGAAACACCAACAGCAGUUCAUUCAGAAAAAGACCAUCCCUCAAUCAAAGACAUCGCUGAUGGUUCUGAAGAGCAAGGUGCCAUAGUCACUGAAGGCAUGGAGUCCUCAGCUGAGUGUUUGCUGAAGGAGGCCACCCUAGACCCUUCCAAAGACACAUGUCCAAAGCAAGAAGAUGAUUCCCUUGGCAGCUGUAGUGUGUUACUGGCAAAAGAAACACCCAAAGGAUUGACUGGGGAAGCAUCCUCUGAUGAGGGUCAACUUAUGAAAGUUGGUUCAGCCCACAAAACCCACACUGAUACUGAAGCUCAGAAAUCCAUAACCACUGAGCCCUCAGAUGAGACAAAGGCCUCUCCACGGCCCGAUGCUUGUGUAAAGACAGGCACAGGAACUGAAUCAAAGCCCCAGGGAGUUGCUAGAAGUCCCCAAGGGUUAGAACUUGCACUCCCUAGCCGAGAUAGUGAGGUCCUCAGCCCCGGUGCUGAUGAAUCCUUUGCAGUGAGCCACAGAGAUUCCCUGGAAGCCAGCCCUGUGCUGGAGGAUAACUCCUCACACAAAACUCCGGAUUCUCUGGAGCCAAGUCCUCUGAAAGAAUCCCCUUGCCGUGACUCUCUUGAAAGCAGCCCUGUGGAACCAAAGAUGAAAGCUGGAGUUCUCCCAAGUCACUUCCCUCUUCCUGCAACCGUAGCCAAAACAGAACUCUUUACGGAAGUGGCCUCUGUGCGGUCCCGGCUGCUCCGAGACCCGGACGGCAGUGCCGAGGACGACAGUCUUGAGCAGACGUCGCUGGUAGAGAGCUCAGGGAAGAGUCCCCUUUCUCCUGACACCCCCAGCUCAGAAGAAAUUAGCUAUGAGGUCACACCCAAAGCCACAGAUGCAAGCACACCCAAACCAGCUGUAAUUCACGAAUGUGCAGAGGAGGAUGAUUUGGAAAAUGGGGAGAAAAGGAGAUUCACGCCUGAAGAGGAAAUGUUUAAAAUGGUAACCAAAAUCAAAACGUUUGACGAACUUGAACAAGAAGCAAAGCAGAAACGGGACUACAAGAAAGAACCCAAGCAAGAGGAAUCUUCUUCAUCCUCUGACCCAGAUGCUGCCUGUUCAGCAGAUGUGGAUGAACCAAAACAGAUGGAGAGUGUCGAGGAUGAAAGCGAUGUCCCUGUGGUAGUAACAUCAGAGAGCAGAAAGGCUUCUUCCUCCUCCGAGAGUGAACCUGAGUUGGCACAGCUGAAAAAAGGUGCUGACGCAGGCCUCUUACCAGAGCCAGUUAUUCGGGUGCAGCCUCCUUCCCCACUUCCAUCCAGUGUAGACUCCAAUUCCAGUCCUGAAGAAGUACAGUUUCAACCCAUCGUUUCUAAACAAUAUACUUUCAAAAUGAAUGAAGAUAGUCAAGAAGAGUCAGGUAAAUCAGAAGAAGAAAAAGAUCGUGAAUCCCAUGUACCUGAAGAGAGUCUUACCAUUUCUACUAACGGCCCAGAUAUGUCUUAUGAUGAUCUGAAUGGAGAUGCUGAUCAACCAGAAGUCUGUGAAGGCCGUGGGUGUGGGACCGGAAGUCCCAGCAGCACAGGCACUCCUAUAUCUUUAGGUCUUUACAGCUCCCCCAGGGAAGAUGCCAACGAGCAGCUAGCUAUCCAUGAGGAAUCAGUACCUCUGCAAGACACUGAUGAAAAAGACACCAAAGGAGAAGAGCUUGAUGUUUCUCAAGUGGAAUCUCUACAAGUAGAUUGCCCCAGUGAAAGCUCUUCAUCUUUGUCUUCCUUGCCUCACUGUCCAGCCUCUGAAGGACAAGAAUUAGAUGAAGACAUAUUGUCUCUCUCUUCUGCUACAAAAAUGGAGGACACCAAAACUGACCAGGCUUUUGAGAGCUUACCAAAGGACUAUGCCACUCAAGACUCAUCGAUUACUACUCAAACAGAGAAAUUGUCCAUGGAUGUUCCAGUGUCUGACCCGGCUGAGACUGAUGAAAUCUACGAUCCUCAAAUAAUAAGCCCUUAUGAAAAUGUUCCCUGCCAAUCUUUUUUCUCCAGUGAAGAAUGCAAAACGGAUGCAGGACAAAGAAGUUUUCACUCUUCGGAAGUGUGUUCUGUUUCCAUCACAUCCUCUGUUGAAGAUGUGGUAGUAACCAGCUCCUCCAAUAGAACUGUUUCAAGCCAAGAAUCUAACUUUGAGGACCAAAACAUGGAAAAAGAAUCCAAACAAGAAAGCACCUCAUGGGAAAAGCAAUCAGAUCAAGCCCCUUCAUCUUUAGAGCCUUCUGUACCAAAUACAUCAGCAGUUGUUAGUGACCAAAUCAGCAAAGUCAUCAUCACAAAAACUGAUGUGGAUUCGGAUUCCUGGAGUGAAAUCCGUGAGGAUGAUGAAGCCUUUGAGGCUCGAGUGAAAGAGGAGGAACAAAAGAUAUUUGGUUUGAUGGUAGACAGACAAUCACAGGGUACCACCCCUGACACCACUCCAGCAAGGACGCCAACUGAAGAGGGGACCCCAACCAGUGAGCAAAACCCAUUUCUCUUUCAGGAAGGAAAAUUGUUUGAGAUGACCCGAAGUGGUGCCAUUGAUAUGACCAAAAGGUCCUAUGCCGAUGAAAGUUUUCACUUUUUCCAAAUUGGGCAAGAAUCCAGGGAAGAGACUCUCUCUGAAGACAUGAAAGAAGGGAGUCCUGGGGCUGAGCCCCCACAACGGGAGACAUCAGCUGAGUCACUAGCUCUCUCCGAAUCAAAAGAAACAGUGAGUGAGGAAGCAGACUUACUUCCAGAUGACCUGAGUGAGGAAGUAGAGGAAAUAUCUGCCUCAGAUGCUCAACUUAACACCCACAUGGGGAAUUCAACCUCCAUUGAAGCAUCAACAAAAGAGACUCUUUCUGAAGGCACCGAGGACCUCCCCACCACACAAAUGGGUGAUAUGCCUCCUAAAUCUAGUGUGAAAGAUCUAUCUUGCCCUGACUCCCCUAAACCAGUUGUACACGUUCAGUUAGAUUUUUCCACAGUUACCAGGUCUGUGUAUUCAGAUCGGGAUGAUGAUUCUCCUGAUUCUUCCCCAGAGGAACAGAAAUCAGUAAUUGAAAUCCCUACUGCACCCAUGGAGAAUGUGCCUUCUACUGAAAGCAAAUCCAAAAUUCCUGUAAGGACUAUACCCACAUCAACCCCAGCACCCCCAUCCGUGGAGUAUGAGAGUUCCCUUUCUGAAGAUUUCUUACCCAGCCUGGAUGAGGAAAGUAAAGAGGAUGAAACAAAACCAAAGUCUAAAAUCCCCGUGAAAGCCCCUGUCCAAAGAGUAGAGCAGCAGCUUUCACAUCUAGAUUCAUCUCUCCAGAAAAUAGUGGUUCCUCAGGGUCAGGACAUGACAAGCAGAACACCAGAUAGUAGAAGCAAAUCUGAAUCUGAUGCCAGUGCUUUGGACUCAAAGACCAAAUGUCCAGUAAAAACUAAAAGUUACACUGAGACAGAAACAGAGAGCAGAGAGAGGACAGAGGAGCUGGAGUUAGAAUCAGAAGAGGGGGCCACCAGACCAAAGAUAUUUACAUCCCGAUUGCCAGUUAAGAGCAAAAGCACCACAUCUUCCUGCAAGGGCGCUGUGAGCCCUACAAAAGAAAGUAAGGAGCAUUUCUUUGACCUUUACAGGAACUCCAUAGAAUUCUUUGAGGAGAUUAGUGAUGAGGCUUCCAAGUUAGUGGAUAGACUUACACAGUCAGAAAGGGAGCAAGACUUAGUUUCAGAUGAUGAAAGUAGUAGUGCCCUGGAAGUUUCAGUAAUUGAAAAUCUGCCACCUGUUGAGACCGAGCAUUCAAUUCCUGAGGACAUCUUUGACACAAGGCCUAUUUGGGAUGAGUCCAUUGAGACUCUGAUUGAACGCAUCCCUGAUGAAAAUGGCCAUGACCAUGCUGAAGAUCAACAGGAUGAGCAGGAACGGAUCGAGGAAAGGCUGGCUUAUAUUGCUGAUCAUCUUGGCUUCAGCUGGACAGAAUUAGCAAGAGAACUGGAUUUCACUGAGGAGCAGAUUCAUCAAAUUCGAAUUGAGAACCCUAACUCCCUCCAAGACCAGAGCCAUGCACUAUUGAAGUACUGGCUAGAAAGGGAUGGCAGGCAGGCUACAGAUACCAGUCUCAUUGAAUGUCUCACCAAGAUCAACCGAAUGGAUAUUGUUCAUCUCAUGGAGGCCAGCACAGAGCCUCUCCAAGAGCGCAUCAGUCAUAGCUAUGCAGAAAUUGAACAGACAAUUGCACUGGAUCAUAGUGAAGGGUUCUCAGUCCUUCAGGAGGAGCUAUGCACUGCACAGCACAAGCAGAAGGAGGAGCAAGCUGCUUCUAAAGAGAGCGAGUCCUGCGAUCACCCUCCCAUUGUCUCAGAGGAAGACAUUUCUGUCGGUUAUUCCACUUUUCAGGAUUGCAUCCCCAAACCUGAGGGGGACAGCUCAGCAACAGAGCCCUUUCCCCAAACUCACAAGGAGCAAGUUCAACAGGAUUUCUCAGGGAAAAUGCAAGACCAGCCUGAAGAGUCAUCUCUUGAGUGUCAACAGGAGUACUUUGUGACAACCCCAGGGACGGAAGUGUCAGAGACUCAAAAGGCUACAGCUGUAUCUGGCUCUCCCAGCAAGACCCCUGAGGAAAUUAGGACCCCUCUUGAGGAGGAGAGGCCAUACCUCCAGACCCCAACAUCUAGUGAGCAGGGAGACUCUCCCAUCAUACAAGAACCCGAAGAGCCCCCAGAACAUGGGGAGGAGAGUUCUCAGAAAACCAGCCUUGUGAUAGUGGAGUCUGCUGAUGACCAGCCACAGGCCCUUGAAAGACUCGAUGAAGAUGCAGCUUUCCAUAAGGGAGAUGAUAUGCCUGACAUACCCCCGGAAACAGUCACAGAAGAAGAAUACAUUGAUGAGCAUGGACACACUGUGGUCAAGAAGGUCACUAGGAAAAUCAUUAGGCGGUACAUAUCCUCUGAUGGCACAGAGAAAGAGGAGGUUACAAUGCAGGGAACGGCCCAGGGACCCAUCAGCAUUGAGGAAGGAGAUGGCUAUUCCAAAGUCAUGAAGCGCAUUGUAUUAAAGAGUGACACCGAACAGUCAGAGGUAACUUUGUCUGAGCCCAGCAUUUUGUCCAGUACCUCACAAUUUCAGGCUGAACCAGUGGAAGGCCGUAGAGUCAGCAAAGUUGUUAAAACAACUAUGGUACAUGGAGAGAGGAUGGAGAAACAUCUGGGUGAUUCUAGUUUAGCCACUGAUCUUCCUUCAGCCAAAGAUGACUUUGAAGAGGACAACAAUGAGUAAAGCCAGUACACAGAAGAGGGCUGUGGUGAAGGACCAGCAUGGAAAACGCAUUUACUUGGAGCACCUGGAGGAUGUACCGGAAGCACUAGACCAAGAUGACCUCCAGCGCGACCUCCAGCAACUCCUUCGGCAUUUCUGCAAGGAGGACUCGAAGCAAGAGGCCAAAUGAGGGGCUGCCCAGUCCUCACACCAGAAACCACACAUUCACUCAAUAUGCAACUUCCCGUUUCUUUAGCAGAGUGACCUACCCGGCCUAAUGGGAUACCCUGACACUUCCACUUUUAGCAAAUACACACCGCAUUCUGUUUUAGUUUCUCCCCCCGUCCUCUUUAACUGUAAGCUAAUUUGUGACCAAAGAUAGCAUCCUUCAGUCUGGAUGCUGUACCCACUACUUUGUUGUGUCUGUGCUAAACUGAGAACUGGCCACCUCUAUCGUUCUUUGCUCCCGAACAAGCUCCACGAAAAUCCAUCUAUCAGAAGAACUUCACCUACAGACCUCUUCAAGGGAUGAUACCUAGGAGUCCUCCUGAGGGAUAUCCUUGUACCAUGUAUAUAGCUCAAAUGCUCAGAUGAACAACAUAUGAAAAUUAGAACCACUGCCUAUCAUAACUACACUGGGCAUCAUGGAAUAAAAGGCCUCUAGAAAUUGCUGAACAAUGGUUAAUUAAGAUAUUGCUAACACAAUCGAAUGAUAAUACAGUUCUACCGCAAAAGAAGCACUUCAGACCUACCAUGUCCUUAGACCUUCCAGAGUAGCCGUUGCUCCUAGUUAGAGAUGGGUUAAUAACCUAACUAGGCACUUAAUGCUGGUGCUGGCCAGCCUUGAUGUAUGAUUCUCCAACAGCCACACGAGGGAGGGGAGAAGGGGGAGCAGAAGGCAAAAGGAACGAAACAAUGAGGUAUUCAGCUGCUAGCAGCCACAUCCUGUGGCUUUCUAGCAUCUUCAGGUCUUUUAGAUUUUGGACGCAUUGGCAGGGUAUUUUAAAAGCUAUAACUACUGUAGUUUCCCAGUUUUCAUUGCUGCUUUAGCAAACCACGCUGUCUUAUUGGUGGUACUUUCUUCUGGCCACUGCACUGUAGAUAAUUCAUUGGAAACAAGAUUUACCCACUACGCAAAAGGUUAAACUCCUUCACCAUGUUGGAGUGGUUCCCCCCGCCCCGGGUUUAUAUCUUCUCUAAUACCUGCAUGUAGCGUUUAAAAAUCAAAACCACAGUCAAAACUCCUCUUCUAAUCACACUGAUGGUUUUCAUUCUUUUGACCCUGAGCAAGCACUUUUCACUUCCCGCUAGGUCUGUUUUUUAGCUUGCAGACAAGGUUGAGAAAUCCUUACAAAUUUGGUUUUGGUUAAAAUUUUUGAUUUAUUUAUUUGAAAUCCAAACUCCCUUGGAAACUCUUAAGUGCAUUUGUGCACUUUUUUGUUUGUUUCCGAGAAGGAACUUUAAUCAUCUGAGUGAUUUCCAUGUCCUAUUCCUUAUUCCUCUAGUGGUUGAAGCUGUGUAGCAUUUUAACAUAUAUAUAUAUUCACAAAUAUAUUCAUAUAAACAAUAUACAUUUCGAAUCAGUUAUUUGUUAAAGAAAAGUAUAUUCAAUGAAGAUGAAAUUAAAAAAAAAAAAAAAGUCUAUCCUCCAGGGAUUGAACAUUUUCCAAUUCUAUCUGGUCUUUUCCUGUUGUGCAAAAAUGACUCAUUGCUCCGAAUGUCAAAAACAAAUGUGACAAACAAUGGCACUUCAUCAUUUCAAGCAAUGUUGCCAAGGGAGAAAAUUUCCUGGGAGGGAGGUUUCCCACAAGCCAAAUCUCUUAAAGCCUCAAAUGCUAGCACUUUCUGGCAGUUGGGUAGGAAAUAAAGCUUUCUUUGGCAGCCAAAAUGAGAGAGGCUCAUGGUGAAACUUUUUGAGACACACCAUGGCCUUCUUGUCAAAACCUUCACUGGAGCUCAAGAAAAGCAUUUCUGUUGUGUUACUUGCAGUGCAGAUGAUGUCUGUGUAACAACAUAAUGGUUAUUCACCUUUUUUUGAUUUUUGAUUUUUGCUGUGUAUCAAAAAACUUGAAUACUGUGAGAAGAAGUGAAUUUUCAGUUGAUGAAUCAGCAUCUUGUUCCCAUGGUGAUAACACUAAUUGAAUAUAUCUAUGAGGGCAUGUAUUAGUUAAUGGAAAAAAAAAUACAACACUAACAAUACAUAGCUGCAAUGUGUACAAUGGCUGAUUUAAUUAAAUAAAAUGUACAAGUGUUAAA